UCCUUUUUAGCCAUUAAAAAAACUCAUUCAAGAGAUAAUUCAAUUUAUUAUUCUCUGUAGCCGUGAUUGAUAAUUUUUUUCCUUCCAUCUUGUUUCUCUUUCUCUCCUAACUCAAGAAAUAAAAACAUACUCUUGAGUUCAUGUUUUUACAGAGUUCACAAAGAAUCAAAAACCUCCUGUUACCAGUCUGUUCUUUGCUGGAACCCAAUCUCUCUAACGAGUACAGUUUCUCAUUAUAUUUUAUUAAAAACCCAAAACUCAAAAUCUGAGUUUUCGGUUUCUUGAUCUAUUCAUUAAGCUCUGAUCCUUCAUGGGACCGUUACUUCUCCUGAAUCUCUUGACUUAAAGGUUUUUUUCUGUUGGGUCAAGAUGGUUGUGGAAAAGUUCGGAUUUUUCAUCUGGGUUUCAACGAUCUCGUGCUUGAUUUGCAUCUGCCAUGGAUUCACACCUCAGGAUAAUUACUUAAUCAACUGUGGCUCACCCACCAAUUCGACCCUUAUGGGUCGAGUCUUCAUGUCCGAUAAGCUCGCCUCCAACUUACUCACCUCUCCUAAAGAGAUCCUCGCGAGUCAAACCGGUUCCGACAUUUACCAGACGGCGAGAGUCUUCACCGGAGUCUCUUCCUACAAAUUCUCCGUCGCUCGUGGCCGUCACUGGAUCCGUCUCCAUUUCAAUCCAUUCAAUUACCAAACUUUCCAAAUGGGUUCAGCCAAAUUCGCAGUCUCCUCGCAGAGUCAUGUGCUCUUGAGCGAUUUCACCGUUAAGAGCUCGAGAGUUGUAAAAGAGUACUCUUUGAAUAUUGCCACUGAUGAUCUCGUUCUUACUUUCACUCCCUCUGGUGAUUCGUUUGCGUUUGUGAACGCCAUUGAGGUUAUCUCCGUUCCCGACUCAUUGAUCACUGCUUCUCCUGCUCCAAGAUUUGCAGGAGGCUCAGGAUCGUUUCAGCAAAGCUUGUCAAUGCAAGCUCUCGAAACAGUUCAUAGAGUGAACAUGGGAGGUCCUCUCGUUGCGCCUAACAACGAUACUCUCACAAGAACUUGGCAGCCUGACUCUGGUUUUCUACUCGAGAAGAAUCUAGCUACCACAGUGUCUAAGAUUGCAACUGUUAACUAUGUUUCUGGCUACGCAACAGAGGAUACUGCGCCAAGAACCGUCUACGGUACUUGCACUGAGAUGAACUCCGCGGAGAAUCCGACUAGCAACUUCAAUGUCACGUGGGAGUUCGAGGUUGACCCGGGUUUUCAGUACUUUCUCCGGUUCCAUUUCUGCGAUAUCGUGAGCUUGUCUCUCAACCAGCUAUACUUCAAUCUCUAUGUAGACUCAAUGCUCACUGUUAUGGAUGUUGAUCUCAGCACUUACGUGGAUAACACUCUCGCUGGUGCAUACAACAUGGACUUCGUUACGCAGUCACCGAAAGGUACUAAUAAAAUCCGUGUCAGCAUCGGUCCAUCGACUGUUCACACUGAUUAUCCGAACGCGAUUGUGAAUGGAUUGGAGAUCAUGAAGAUGAAUAACUCUCAGGGGCAGCUAAGUACUGGGACGUUUGUGCCUGGUGGUAGCUCGAGCACUAAGCAGAAGAAUGUUGGGUUGAUUGUAGGUGCAACCAUUGGUCCGUUGCUUGCUUUAGUCCUCUUGGGAAGUUGCUUUGUGUUGUGUAAGAAGCGGAAACGAAGCCAAGACGGACAUUCAAAGACUUGGAUGCCGUUUUCAAUCACUGGAACUUCGGUGGCAAGUGGCAUGACGCUUACUAGUAUAACCACCAAUGCUAAUUACCGUAUUCCCUUUGCAGCGGUUAAAGAAGCUACGAACAACUUCGACGAGAGCCGUAACAUCGGUGUGGGCGGUUUUGGUAAAGUCUACAAAGGAGAGCUUAACGAUGGCACGAAAGUAGCUGUCAAAAGAGGGAACCCGAAGUCUCAACAAGGGCUUGCUGAGUUCAGGACAGAGAUCGAGAUGUUGUCUCAGUUUCGUCACCGACAUUUGGUUUCUCUGAUCGGUUACUGUGAUGAGAACAAUGAGAUGAUACUGAUUUACGAGUAUAUGGAGAAUGGAACGGUAAAGAGUCAUCUUUACGGCUCAGGUCUUCCUAGCUUGACUUGGAAACAACGGCUUGAGAUCUGCAUUGGUGCGGCUAGAGGGUUGCAUUACCUUCACACUGGUGACUCGAAACCAGUAAUCCACAGAGACGUGAAAUCCGCAAAUAUAUUGCUUGAUGAGAACUUCAUGGCUAAAGUUGCAGACUUUGGACUGUCUAAGACCGGACCAGAGCUUGAUCAGACUCAUGUGAGUACUGCUGUGAAAGGAAGUUUCGGGUAUCUUGACCCUGAGUACUUCAGAAGGCAACAGCUCACUGAGAAAUCCGAUGUUUACUCCUUUGGAGUCGUUCUCUUCGAGGUUCUCUGUGCUAGACCUGUUAUUGACCCUACGCUACCGAGAGAGAUGGUGAAUCUUGCGGAAUGGGCAAUGAAAUGGCAGAAGAAAGGGCAAUUAGAUCAGAUCAUUGAUCAGUCGCUUCGAGGAAACAUCAGGCCUGAUUCGUUGAGGAAGUUUGCGGAAACAGGUGAGAAAUGUUUGGCUGAUUAUGGAGUCGAUAGGCCAUCUAUGGGAGAUGUGUUGUGGAAUCUUGAAUACGCUCUGCAGCUACAAGAAGCUGUGAUCGAUGGUGAACCAGAAGAUAAUAGCACGAAUAUGAUUGGUGAGUUACCUCCACAGAUCAACAAUUUCAGUCAGGGAGACACGAGUGUUAACGUUCCUGGAAACGCGGGGCAAUUCGAGGAAUCGAGCAUUAAUGAUCUCUCUGGUGUUUCCAUGAGUAGAGUAUUCUCGCAGCUGGUGAAAUCCGAGGGAAGAUAGUGGAGAGAUUUGAGCAAUGAAGUGCCAAGAAAAGCCAAAGAUCUGAUUCUUCUAACAGAAACAGAAGCAAGAGGAAACAAAAGUAUCAGGUUUUUUUGUCUGCUCGAGCUGUUCUUCUACCGAUUUUUCAUCUGUGUAAUGAUACAAAUACCUGAAAAGUUUCCUCUUCUCUUUCUCUCUUUCACCUACCUAUUGAGUUUGUAUUUUCUUGCAGAUUGAAGUUGUCUGAUAUUUGUUUGUUCUUUUUGUCUACGGAUGUUUUAACACUCUUGGUGUUUCAAUUAUUUUGUAAGUUUAGAAGUUAAAAACGUAUUACAUAGUUCUCAUGUUCUUGUUUGGUUUGAGAAACGGUUUAUUAUAUUUAAUCAUUUUCGGA